UUUAUCUCUCUUUGACUUUGCAUUUAAAAAUCGGUUUUCAUGUUUUCUAGUUAUUCUUUCCACUUUCCAGGGAAGCUCAAAGAAAUUCUUAUGUUCUUGCAUAUCAAGAAAGAAUGGAUACCAUAUAUUGAAGACUUGAUGGUUCGAUUAUUAUGUUCACAGCUUGGGACUUGUAUUGAAAAUGGGAAAAUUUACUGUUCUUGGCCUUGUGUUGGCAGUUCUAUGCGUCAUAACAGGAGAAUGUAUUUGUACCGGUGAUUCCCAUUCGGCAAAUUGCUCCAAACCAGACCUAGAAGCUCUUUUUGACUUCGAAAGUGGCCUUAAUGAUCCUGAAAACAGGCUCUCCUCAUGGCAAGGAAGCAACCAUUAUCAGUGGAAUGGAAUUGGGCGCAACAAUAGCACCGGAGCUGUCAUCAUGAUUGAUCUUCAAAAUCCUUACCCUUUAAAUUCUGAAUCUUCAAGCAGGUAUGGUUUUUGGAACUUGACUGGGGAUAUCAGUCCUUCAUUACUAAAACUCAGGUACUUGGAAUACUUAGAUUCAAGUCUGGACACCUUCAACGAGCUGGACUAUAUGGAGUUGCUUCACCAAGUCUUGGUAGUCUUUCUAGCUUGCAGCUUCAUGAUGUCCCUGUGAAUUUUGGAGCUUAAGCUUGGAUGGUCUUUCAUGGGUGGCUAGCUGGCCUUGUUUCUUUAGAACAUCUCGAUGUGAAUGAAGUUGACCUUUCCAUGGUAGGUUCUGGCUUGUUGGUUUGGAUAUGGAAUAAACUGUUUGAAAAAAUUGGCUGGUGCCUGCCAAAAUCCUCAAAUGAAGGAUUAUACCACACUUCAUGGUGCCUCUGGGGAACGCUAUACAGUACCAAAAAGGAGAAUUACCUGUGGAUCCUUCACAUUGUGAUAAAAAGGGAGAAGCCGUAUUGAAAACAAUCCUUCCAUCAACCACAGCAUCAAAA